AUGUCCGUACUGGAAUAUGAUCAUAAAUUUAAUGAGUUGUCCAGGUUUGCACUUAAGUUGGUAACCACAGAGGAAGACAAGUGUACACGCUUUGAAGAGGGUCUACGGUUAGAUAUUCAGGCUGUAGUCACUGUCAUCACAUAUCCUACCAUGAAAACCUUGGCUCAAGCAGUGGAUAGAGUGACCAAGAAGUACAGUUUGGGUGCAUGUAUUGAUAGGCGUCGUAGGGAUUCAUCAGGCUUUGAUGGGCCGAGUCAGGGACGUGGGUCCAGCUUAGGCAAUGGGAGGUUUGGCUCUCCACCGGUUUGGAGCCAGCACUUGGGACAACAAUCUAUGACCAGUACAACUAGAGAUCCUUCGAGGCGAACAAGUUCCACCUGUCAUAACUGUGGGCAUGAGGGACAUAUGAGGAGGGAUUGCCUCAGGCGUGGACAGGCUAGUGCCCCUAAUCACAGGAGUGGAGUGACCUAUUUCUACUGUGGACAGACAAUGCAUUAUAAAAGUGAGUGCCCACAUCUUAUAAAUGAUGGCUCUACUAGACAGGAGACUGGGGCCCAUCAGGGGCAAGGCAGCAGAGGACAAGGUCAGACACAGAGUGGUGCUUCUUCGUUUGCAGCGAGUCCUGUCAGCUUGAGUCCUACAAAGGCUCAAGAUUUGGAAGCACACGAUCCGGCUCGGCUGCGGAGCUCAAUCAACUACUGGCUGGGGGCACAAAACAGAAAAGUGUGA